AUGCCCCAUUCUAUCUACCCACCAGCCUCAACCAUCAAAAAAGUGAACCCUGUCAAGGUUGCUGUUAUUGGUGUUGGGAGUGUGGGCUCUACUACGGCCUACACUCUGCUAUUUAGCGAGAUGAUCUCGGAAGUUGUGUUGAUUGAUAUCAACACACAUAAAGCAGAGGGCGAAAGCAUGGAUUUAAACCAUGCUGCACCUUCCACAACAGGUUCUGUUGUGUAUGUUGGAGAUUAUAGCGACUGCGCCGACGCUGCGAUUGUGAUCAUUACAGGUGGCGCCAAUCAAAAACCUGGUCAAACUAGAAUGGAUUUAGCAGCAACAAACGCAAGAAUCUUACAAGGUAUUAUUCCCAAGAUAGUUGAGUACGCCCCAAAAACUAUUCUUCUCAUUGCCACUAAUCCAGUUGAUGUCCUCACAUAUGUCAGCUAUAAAGUGUCAGGCUUUCCUCUUAACAGAGUUAUUGGAUCGGGUACGCUUCUCGACUCGGCAAGACUUAAGUACCACUUAAGUCAGCAUUUUAAAACUUCUUCAAAAAAUGUGGAUGCCUUUAUAGUCGGAGAGCAUGGAGAUUCAUCACUUCCUGUUUGGUCGCAUGUCAAGAUUUCUGGGAUCAGAUUACGUGAUUACUGCGAGCAGUCUCAACAGGCUUACGACCAUGAACUUUUCCACCAAAUGUUUGAAAAAACGCGUAAUGCAGCGUACGAUAUCAUUGAGCGCAAAGGUUAUACGGCGUAUGGUAUCGCAGCUGGAAUUCUUCGUAUUGUCGAGACUAUUUUGAAAGACGGAGGCUCCCCGCUCACUGUUUCAACAGUUGGAAAUUAUUUUGGUAUUGAGCAAGUCGCACUCAGCGUUCCAACAAAGCUCAACAGAAAUGGCGCCCAUAGCCCAGUCGAUUUGUCAUUUGACAUCAAAGAAAUUGAAUUGAUAAAGAAAUCUGCUCUUCAAAUCAAGUCUGUAUGCAGUACUCUCGAAUUGUUGUAA